CUCCCUUCUGAGGAAACGAAACCAACAGCAGUCCAAGCUCAGUCAGCAGAAGAGAUAAAAGCAAACAGGUCUGGGAGGCAGUUCUGUUGCCACUCUCUCUCCUGUCAAUGAUGGAUCUCAGAAAUACCCCAGCCAAAUCUCUGGACAAGUUCAUUGAAGACUAUCUCUUGCCAGACACGUGUUUCCGCAUGCAAAUCAACCAUGCCAUUGACAUCAUCUGUGGGUUCCUGAAGGAAAGGUGCUUCCGAGGUAGCUCCUACCCUGUGUGUGUGUCCAAGGUGGUAAAGGGUGGCUCCUCGGGCAAGGGCACCGCCCUCAGAGGCCGAUCUGACGCUGACCUGGUUGUCUUCCUCAGUCCUCUCACCACUUUUCAGGAUCAGUUAAAUCGCCGGGGAGAGUUCAUCCAGGAAAUUAGGAGACAGCUGGAAGCCUGUCAAAGAGAGAGAGCAUUUUCCGUGAAGUUUGAAGUCCAGGCUCCACGCUGGGGCAACCCCUGUGCGCUCAGCUUCGUACUGAGUUCGCUCCAGCUCGGGGAGGGGGUGGAGUUCGAUGUGCUGCCUGCCUUUGAUGCCCUGGGUCAGUUGACUGGCGGCUAUAAACCUAACCCCCAAAUCUAUGUCAAGCUCAUCAAGGAGUGCACCUACCUGCAGAAAGAGGGCGAGUUCUCCACCUGCUUCACAGAACUACAGAGAGACUUCCUGAAGCAGCGCCCCACCAAGCUCAAGAGCCUCAUCCGCCUAGUCAAGCACUGGUACCAAAAUUGUAAGAAGAAGCUUGGGAAGCUGCCACCUCAGUAUGCCCUGGAGCUCCUGACGGUCUAUGCUUGGGAGCAAGGGAGCAUGAAAACACAUUUCAACACAGCCCAGGGAUUUCGGACGGUCUUGGAAUUAGUCAUAAACUACCAGCAACUCUGCAUCUACUGGACAAAGUAUUAUGACUUUAAAAACCCCAUUAUUGAAAAGUACCUGAGAAGACAGCUCAGGAAACCCAGGCCUGUGAUCCUGGACCCGGCAGACCCUACAGGAAACUUGGGUGGUGGAGACCCAAAGGGUUGGAGGCAGCUGGCACAAGAGGCUGAGGCCUGGCUGAAUUACCCAUGCUUUAAGAAUUGGGAUGGGUCCCCAGUGAGCUCCUGGAUUCUGCUGGCUGAAAGCGACAGGGACGAUGAGACCGACGAUCCCAGGAGGUAUCAGAAAUAUGGUUACAUUGGAACACAUGAGUACCCUCAUUUCUCUCAUAGACCCAGCACACUCCAGGCAGCAUCCACCCCACAGGCAGAAGAGGACUGGACCUGCACCAUCCUCUGAAUGCCAGUGCAUCUUGGGGGAAAGGGCUCCAGUGUUAUCUGGACCAGUUCCUUCAUUUUCAGGUGGGACUCUUGAUCCAGAGAGGACAAAGCUCCUCAGUGAGCUGGUGUAUAAUCC